GCAUUGCGUUGCGGUGGUUGUGGUUUGUGGUGUUGGUGUGGUCUUGUCUCGUCUGUGACUGACCGGCGCAGGUACAACGACGUUUGUAUCGUGAACAUAAUGCUAAUUGUUUUCUCGAAUUAAGUGUUAUGGAAUAAUUCGUGAUUUUGUACUUAUUUAACUAUUUAAUUCCGGAACUAUGUCACAAACCGAGGAACCCAUGGAAGUAGCAGAUGUUGGGGAGAAUUCCAAUGGCUCUUCAAGUGACACCACUUCAUCGAGAGGUAAAGAAGGCGACUUCGAAAGUAAAAUUGAAACUGACCGUUCAAAGCGAUUCGACUUUUUGUUGAAACAAACUGAAAUUUUCUCGCAUUUUAUGACAAACACACCAAAAUCUGGAAGCAGCCCUCCAAAAGCGAAAGCAGGAAGACCAAAGAAGAACAAAGAUCUUGAUACAUCUGGGUCUGCGAGCGAUCAUCGGCACCGCAAAACAGAACAAGAGGAAGAUGAAGAGCUGCUUGCAGAGACUAACACAAAGGUUAAGAGCAUCUUUAGAUUUGAGUCCUCUCCGCCAUACAUUAAGAAUGGAGAGAUGCGAGAUUACCAAGUUCGUGGCCUCAAUUGGAUGAUAUCACUUUAUGAAAACGGAAUUAAUGGCAUUCUUGCCGAUGAGAUGGGUCUUGGAAAAACUUUACAGACAAUAUCAUUGCUUGGUUAUAUGAAAAAUUUCAAAAACAUUCCUGGGCCACAUAUUGUGAUUGUCCCAAAAUCUACACUUACAAAUUGGAUGAAUGAGUUCAAGAAAUGGUGUCCGUCCUUGAGAGCUGUAUGUUUAAUUGGAGACCAAGAUACAAGGAACACAUUCAUACGCGAAACUCUAAUGCCUGGCAACUGGGAUGUCUGUAUCACGUCAUAUGAAAUGAUCAUUAGGGAGCGAUCAGUAUUUAAAAAGUUCACAUGGCGUUACAUGGUUAUUGAUGAAGCCCACAGGAUCAAAAACGAGAAGUCAAAGCUGUCGGAGCUGCUCCGGGAGUUCAAGAGUAUGAACAGACUGCUGUUGACUGGUACUCCGCUGCAGAACAAUCUUCACGAACUGUGGGCUCUGCUCAACUUCUUGUUGCCUGAUGUCUUUAAUAGUUCUGAUGACUUUGACUCAUGGUUCAACACAAAUGCAGCACUCGGUGACAACCAGCUAGUGUCUCGGCUGCACGCUGUACUGAGACCGUUCUUGCUCAGACGUCUGAAGUCUGAAGUGGAGAAGAAACUGAAACCUAAGAAGGAGGUGAAAGUAUAUGUGGGUCUGAGCAAAAUGCAGAGAGAUUGGUACACAAAGGUUUUAAUGAAGGAUAUUGAUGUUGUAAACGGAGCCGGCAAAGUGGAGAAGAUGCGUCUUCAGAACAUCCUGAUGCAGCUCCGCAAGUGCUGCAACCACCCGUACCUGUUCGACGGCGCGGAGCCCGGCCCUCCCUACACCACGGACGAGCACCUCGUCUACAACUGCGGCAAGCUCGCCAUCCUCGACAAGCUGCUGCCCAAACUGCAGGAGCAGGGCUCCCGGGUCCUUAUCUUCUCGCAGAUGACUAGGAUGCUGGAUAUACUGGAGGAUUACUGCCACUGGAGACAGUAUAAGUACUGCCGCCUGGAUGGACAAACGCCACACGAGGACCGCAACCGACAGAUCGAGGAAUACAACUCAGAGGGCAGCGAGAAGUUCGUGUUCAUGUUGUCUACGCGCGCCGGCGGUCUCGGCAUCAAUCUCACGUCUGCUGACGUAGUCAUUAUAUAUGACUCCGACUGGAACCCGCAGAUGGACUUGCAGGCCAUGGACAGAGCGCAUAGAAUUGGCCAGAUGAAGCAGGUGCGAGUGUUCCGUCUCAUCACAGACAACACAGUCGAGGAGAAAAUCGUAGAACGCGCCGAAGUGAAGCUACGCCUCGACAAACUCGUCAUCCAGUCCGGUCGUCUCGUCGACCAGAAGAACCAACUCAACAAGGAUGAAAUGCUCAACAUGAUUCGUCACGGCGCUAACCACGUCUUCUCCUCAAAGGAUUCUGAGAUCACUGAUGAAGAUAUUGAUACAAUUCUCGCAAAAGGCGAAACUAAGACUGAAGAGUUGAAACAAAAGUUGGAGAGUCUUGGUGAGUCUUCUCUGAGGGCUUUCUCCAUGGACACUCCGGGCGCCACGACAGAUUCCGUAUACCAGUUUGAAGGUGAGGACUACCGCGAGAAGCAGAAGAUCCUGCCGAUGGGCAGCUGGAUCGAGCCGCCGAAGCGCGAGCGCAAGGCCAACUACGCCGUCGACGCUUACUUCCGCGAGGCGCUGCGCGUCUCCGAGCCCAAGGCGCCCAAGGUGCAGGCGCCGCGACCGCCGAAGCAGCCCAUCGUGCAGGACUUCCAGUUCUUCCCGCCCAGGCUCUUCGAGCUGCUGGACCAAGAGAUCUACCACUACAGGAAGACUUUGGGAUACAAAGUGCCGCGCAACCCCGAGCUGGGCCCGGACGCGGCCAAGAUCCAGCGCGAGGAGCAGCGCAAGAUCGACGACGCCGAGGCGCUCACCGAGGACGAGGUGCAGGAGAAGGAGCAACUGCUCACGCAAGGUUUCACUACUUGGACCAAACGGGAUUUCAACCAGUUCAUUAAGGCUAACGAGAAAUAUGGCAGGGACGACAUCGAUAACAUCGCUAAAGACGUGGAAGGCAAGACUCCUGAGGAGGUUAUGGAGUACUCAGCAGUAUUCUGGGAGAGAUGUCACGAGCUGCAAGACAUUGACAGAAUAAUGGGGCAGAUAGAGAGGGGAGAAGCGAAGAUUCAACGAAGAGCUUCCAUCAAGAAAGCUCUGGACGCCAAGAUGGCGCGCUACAGGGCGCCCUUCCACCAGCUCAGGAUUUCGUACGGCACGAACAAGGGCAAAAAUUAUGUUGAAGAGGAGGACAGGUUCCUGGUGUGCAUGCUGCACAAGCUGGGCUUCGACAAGGAGAACGUGUACGAGGAGCUGCGCGCGGCCGUGCACGCGGCGCCGCAGUUCCGCUUCGACUGGUUCCUCAAGUCGCGCACCGCCGUCGAGCUGCAGCGCAGAUGUAAUACGCUAAUCACACUAAUCGAGAGAGAAAACCAAGAGCUAGAAGAGAAAGAACGCGCGGAAAAGAAGAAAAAGAGCGGUCCCGCGCAGAACACGCCCGGCAGCGCCACCAAGGGCGCCGCCGGCAAGCGCAAGGCCGACAGCGCGCCCGACUCCGCGCACAAACACAAGAAGAAGAAGAAGUGAGCGCGAGCCACGCCCGUCCGCCUCCGUACUGCUGUAGCCCGACAACAUUGUACUCAUUAAAGUGGCGAAAGGUAGACGUGCUAUUUAAUGCUCGACGCUGCAUUAGUCUUCGACAUGGCCACAUGUCAAAGUGACAAGGUACAAAUUCGAAUAUAGAAUAAUAUUCGACGUUCAAAUUUAACCUUUAUGACUUUGACAAGUGCCCAUGUCGAAUAUUAGCGCAGCGUCGAGCAGAAAACGGGGGCUACAGUAUUCCCACUAUUUGCUACAAUUUCUUGUUGGACUAUACAAGACUAUUAGUUUUGUAUGUUUUGUCCCUCUUCCAAAUAAGUUGAAAUAACAGAUGUCAAAUCAGUAGCGCGACUGUAAAAUAGGCAAUAGGCAUACACUCCAGGCGGUCUAGCACAACUUGCAUGUCGCGCGCGAGUCGAUGUAUGGACUUCAUGUAUGGACUCGCAGCCGAGAGCGUAAGUUGUGCUAGACCGCCUGGCCUAUACACACCUUUUAAAUUACGAAAAUUCUGGCGAUGCGAAUCAGCAAUACCGUGUGUACAAGCCGUACGAAUAAUGUCAACUUUUUAAAAAUCUGUUCCAUCUCUGGUCCGUGACGGCAGUAAUAGUUAAGAAUUUUCUUAUCGAAAUAGUGUGUUGAAUGAGUAUUGUAAUAAAUGGUGUGUGACUUCGAUCCGUGUCGACGUAGCUUUGAAUUUCAGUAUUUUGUAAGGUCCUAAUUUAUUUUCUGACAGAUCUGCACAAGUUAUAAAUGUCAAAAAAACGUGCCUGAAAUAUUAUGUAUAUCAAUUUAUGCUGUCAAUAUCAGGAAGGGUGUUAAUGAUUAUAUUCUGAUCAGAUUUUGCAUGAUAACGAAUGCAAGAAGAAAUUUCCACAAUGGAAAUGAGGCAUGAAACAGUACAAUAAUGAUUACCUGACAUAUUAAAAGUUUUAAAUAAUCAUCAUAUUUAAUGAUACCCUUCCAUCCCUCUGCUAUCCAGUGAGAUUAUCCAAAACGACGAGUGUGUGAUAUAAUAGAUAUUUGUGAAACAAUUAGAAUCAAGUGAUAUUUUUACCUAUGAAGUGUUAAUAAACAGGUCAUGAAAUUUUAUUACAAUAAAUGAUACUCAAUCCGU